CGAUGGAAGGCAAUUCCACGGUCGGAUCCUUCACCCCUUUGCAGCAGUUCAGCGUUGCUGAUCUUGUGGUUGUAGUGACUUACUUUUCCUUAAACCUUGCUGUGGGAAUAUGGGCUGGGUUCUUGGUUUCUUGUCUGGGUUUGCAGGGAAAGUGUUCCGUGCUGAUGCUUUCUCCUCCCAGUCUUCAUGCAGGGUGAACAGGAACACGGUCAGCGGUUAUUUCCUUGCUGGCAGAGACAUGGCGUGGUGGCCAAUCGGAGCCUCUCUGUUUGCCAGCAGUGAGGGCUCAGGGCUCUUUAUUGGACUGGCUGGGACUGGUGCUGCUGGGGGAAUCGCUGUCACCGGCUUCGAGUGGAACGCCACAUAUGCGCUGCUGAUGCUGGCCUGGGUCUUCGUCCCAGUCUACAUCUCAUCUGGGAUCGUCACCAUGCCUGAGUACCUCCAGCGAAGGUUUGGAGGCGAGAGGAUCCGGAUGUACCUCUCUGGGCUGUCUCUCCUACUGUCCAUCUUCACCAAAAUCUCUACUGACCUGUACUCAGGGGCUCUGUUUGUGCAAGUCUGCCUGGGCUGGGACCUCUACCUCUCCACUGUCCUGAUGCUGCUGGUGACAGGGCUCUACACCAUUGCAGGGGGGCUGGCAGCCGUCAUCUACACCGAUGCUCUGCAGACACUCAUCAUGGUCCUUGGAGCCAUCGUGCUGGCAGUGAGAGCUUUUAAUGCGAUCGGAGGUUACUCCAACCUGGAAGAGGCCUAUCUAAAAGCCGUGCCGUCCAAGAUCGUUCCCAACACGACCUGCCACCUGCCCAGAGCGGAUGCCAUGCACCUCUUCCGAGACCCAAUCUCUGGAGAUCUACCCUGGACAGGGAUGACGUUUGGGCUGUCCAUCAUGGCCACGUGGUACUGGUGCACUGACCAGGUCAUUGUGCAGCGGUCACUCUCUGCAAGGAGCCUGAGCCAUGCCAAGGCCGGCUCCAUCCUGGCCAGCUACCUGAAGAUGCUGCCCCUGUUUGUCAUCAUCAUGCCAGGCAUGAUCAGCAGGGCUCUGUUCCCAGAUGCUGUGGCCUGCGUGGACCCCGAGGAGUGCACCCGUGUGUGUGGGGCUGCAGUGGGCUGCUCCAACAUCGCCUACCCCAAGCUGGUGGUGGAGCUGAUGCCCAGCGGGCUGCGGGGUCUGAUGAUUGCAGUGAUGAUGGCUGCGCUCAUGUCCUCCCUCACCUCCAUCUUCAACAGCAGCAGUACUCUCUUCACCAUGGACAUCUGGAGGAGGAUGAGGCCAAGGGCCAGUGAGCGCGAGCUGCUCAUGGUGGGCAGGGUGGUGACGGUGCUGCUGGUGGCCCUCAGCGUGGUGUGGAUCCCCAUCCUGCAGAGCUCCGGCGGCGGGCAGCUCUACAUCUACAUCCAGGCUGUCACCAGCUACCUGGCUCCUCCUGUCACUGCUGUCUUCAUCCUGGGGGUCUUCUGGCCCCGUGCUAACGAGCAGGGAGCCUUCUGGGGCCUGAUGGCAGGGCUGGUGCUGGGGCUGGCCAGGAUGGGGCUGGAGCUGGCACACCCCACACCCCACUGCGGGGUCCCCGACAGGCGGCCCUGGCUGCUGGCUGACCUGCACUACCUGCACUUCGCUGCUCUGCUGUGUGCCAUCACGGGGGCUGUCGUGGUGGGGGGCAGCCUGAUGACUCCCCCACCACCCUCAGACAGGCUGCGGAAUCACACCUGGUGGAGCCUUUCCCAGGAGCCUCCCCAGCACUUCAUGGAUGGCACGUCACAGAGAUGCCCGGAUGGUGAGUGGUGCCCAGCACAGGGGUAUCCCUGGUUCUUUGCCUGCAUGUAUCAUCCCUGCAGCACGGAUGCCCAGUGCCUCGGUUUCCCCAUGGUCUCCUGUCUCCACAAUCACUGUUUGUCUCUGCCAGGCUCCUGCUCAGUUGCCCUGAGUAGCCAGCAGGCAACUGAAGGACUCCCAGCCCUGAGAGACACCACUGAGUCCCCUUUCUGGACCCGGGUCUGCAGCAUCAACGCCAUUGUCCUGCUGUGUAUCAAUAUUUUCUGCUAUGCUUACUUUGCCUAGCCCCCUGUCAGCCCCUAGGAAGAGAGGAAUAGGUGGAGAAAUGGGGAUUUAGGUGAUUAUUUUUGGUCGUUAGGGAUAGUGGAAGCUUAAAGCCAUUGGUGCAAUGAGCUGUGUGUUCUCGGGGCUGCAGAUCUGACUGUGUCCUG